GUGAAAGUAGAGAUUAGUUUUGUUUCUACAUUUCAUACAGAGACACAUCUGAGCUAAACAAGUAAGGUUGCACUUUGUAAAGGAACAUUGCUAACACCCUGAGAUACAACAUCAAAGAGCAGUAACAUAUAAUUUGCGGUGAUCACCAUGUGUGAGGUGGUGGUGUGUGACACUUCUGUGAAGGUAAAGCAGGGGGACAUCACUACUGAAAAAACGGAUGCCAUAGUAAACUUAAACAAUGCAACCCUGGACCAAAACUUUGGUGUAUCCAAAGUCAUUCUUGACGCAGCAGGAGAUAAUGUAAAGGAAGAAUGUGAACGUUUAGGUAAACUCCCCAGUGAUGGAAUUGUUGUAACUUCAGCUGGAAAUCUGAAAUGCCGAAAGAUAAUUCACCUGAUUAAUGUUAAACCACAUGCCAUUGUGGAAUCGGUAAAAAAAGCACUAAAAGCGUGUGACCAACACUAUGUGACAACUGUAAGUCUCCCAGCAAUUGGUACAGGAUCCAGUAAACUAGAGCCCAUCAACUCAGUGAAAUUGAUUACAAGAGGCAUUGAGGAGUACCUUGCUGAUCCUGCCACUAUGACCAGUAUUUCAGACAUCAUUAUUGUUGUGUUUGAUCCAGAUGUUUAUAAAGAAUAUUUAAAUUUUUUUCAAAAUUACCAGACAAAUUACCCUCACUUCACAGCUUUUGGAAAAACAAUUGAAUUAAUUAAAGGCGACAUCACCGAUCAGGCUGUGGACUGCAUUUUGAACUUAACAAACAGCUCUCUGAAUCAAUCUAGUGGUGUUUCUGGAGCAAUAUUGGCUGCUGCUGGGGACACUGUUAAAGAAGAGUGCAAAGAGAUUGGUACACUAAAAACAGACAAGAUCGCAAUAACAAGUGGUGGGAAACUGAAAAGCAAAAAUAUCAUGCAUAUAAUUGGACCAACCAGAGUUCCAGACUAUGAACCGUCAAUGGACAGGAUUCUGCUAGAAUGCCAUAAUAAUGGGUUCACAAGUUUUGCACUGCCGGCUAUUGGAACAGGCAUUGCUCAUGUUGACCCGCAAGACUCAAUUAUAGCCAUAUUGUCUAGCAUCUUGAACUAUUUAUCAGAAACAUGCAUUCCAACCCUUGAAACAAUCUGUAUAAUUGUACUGCAAGAACCCAUUUACAAGACGUACCUGAAGGUGUUUCAAGAAAAAUGCACAGAGCUUCAGGCAAUCCAACGGGAAGAAAAUAUAUUAUCAGCGAUACAUGCACAAGACAAAUUUGACUACCCAGGAACUUGGACAGAUAUUGUGAAAAGUGAGUUCCAGGAAGUGAAUCUGGACAAAGAUUCCCAGGAGUACAAAGAAGUUAAAACUAAAUUCAAGUCUUCCUCAAAAUCAUUUCAUGUGGUUGAGAUCAAAAGGAUUCAGAGUGUAAAACAGUGGCAGAGCUUUACAAUUAACAAGAGAGCAGUGAGCAGAAAAAACCCUGGAAAGCGAAACCUUCACCAUUUGUACCAUGGCACAAAGUCUGAGGUCAUUAAGAACAUUAACCGGGAAGGAUUCAACCGAAUUUAUUCUGGUGAAAAUGGAACAGCAUAUGGAUAUGGAACGUACUUCGCUGUAAAGUCAGAUUACUCUUGUGGAGACCGAUAUUCUGUUCCUGACAGUAACGGAAACAAAUAUGUCUAUCAGGCUGCAGUGAUAACUGGGAGGUAUUGCAAGGGAAGCUGUACCUACAGAGAACCUCCGUACAUAGACAAUGAUCCCAGUGGAGACCGCUAUGAUUCUGUCACAGAUGACAUUAGAAAUCCAUCUGUUUUUGUGACUUUUCAUGAUGACUAUGCAUAUCCUGAGUAUCUGAUAACUUUUAAGCCUAAAAAAUAGACUACAAUAAUAUGCUGUUUCAUAUUAAUAGGCUUACCGUAAUAUCCUAUAAUAUCCCUUUAAUCUGGGACGCCAAUUAUUUACACAGGUUCUGUGGCUGUCUAAAUUGAAGCUUGCAUUUCACCUGGAUUUAGUCAGCCACAGGUAUGGCUACAUAGGUAGCCAUACCUCCCAACUCUAAUUUUCCUAGAUUAGGGAUAUUGCCAUGCGUGCUCCCGAAAGAGGGCGUUGUUUUGCGGUAGUGCCAUAAUAACAGUUCCAUAACAAUAAUAAAAAUGUUUUAAACUGAUUAAAGCAAAAUAAGAUCUGACCUUUUUAGUAAUAAGACAUGGGUAGACUAGAUAGUUCAUGUGAUUCUUUUCUGCCGUUAAAUUCAAUGGUUAUAACAGUUGUCCGGCAUUUUCAAAGCCCACACAACAUAAUUUGGGAACAUAAGAAAAACAUGAGCUUUUGUUAUAUACUGCACUCUUGAGAAAACUUAUAAAACUAGGUUUUAUAUAUGGUUUCACAAUAACUAUUGUUUUUGAUGAUUUUUUUUUUUUUGAGGCCCACUAAUGGGAGAAUUAUUAAAAAUAGGCCCGUGUGCACCAAAUACCCUGCACCAAUCAUAGAUGUGCCUCUGGUUAGUUUAAAAGUAGGUUAUUAAUGAACAUUUCAAGUUCUGUGUAUUCUUUAUGGAAAUGUCUUCAAGGUUUAUUGUGAAUUUGCAUCUUUUGCUAUAUAAUCACUGCCUUUUCUACAUUUACAAAUAAACUGGCCACUGUUUGGCAAA